AUGGGGCCAGGAUUGACCCCUCUCUGCACCUUGCAGGAGUGGGCAGACGUGUGUUGCAGGGGGCUCCGGAGCGUCCAUGCCUACAUCCUGGUCUAUGACAUCUGUUGCUUUGACAGCUUCGAGUACAUCAAAACCAUCCGCCAGCAGAUCCUGGAAACGAGGGUCAUUGGCACUUCAGAGACGCCCAUCAUCAUCGUGGGCAACAAGCGGGACCUGCAGCGGGGCCGGGUGAUCCCGCGCUGGAACGUCUCCAACCUGGUGAAGAAGACGUGGAAGUGCGGCUACAUCGAGUGCUCGGCCAAGUACAACUGGCACAUCCUGCUGCUCUUCAGUGAGCUCCUGAAGAGCGUGGGCUGCGCCCGCUGCAAGCACGUCCACACCACCAUCCGCUUCCAGGGCGCCCUGCGCAGGAACCGAUGCACCAUCAUGUGA